UUUAACUAUUGUUUUAAUGAUGAGAAAUUAAUAAGAAAGAAAAUACUCCGUAUUAGAUGAGAGAAUAAAAAAAUCAAUGAAAAUUUUCUUUGUUCUCGUUUUUCUAACUUCAUCCACACAUUAGUCACAUGAAAAGAACUCAGAACUUUUUGUGCCAAAAAAAUACUCAACUUUGUGCCAAAAAAAACGCUCAACUUUAUUGAGAGUAUAAAAUUGCAUUCUCCAGUAAAAAAUUUGUUCAGUGGAGGGAUAUAUUCAUAGAUCCUUCGGUUCUCAGUUAAAUUCCAACAGUGACACUCGCCGCCGUUGCUUUUGUUCUCUGUUCUAUUCGCAACUCUGUCCUCAAGAAAAAGCCCAGUUAAAUCGAACUAUCUCCACAUAGAACGAACCAGAAUCAUGUCCCCUGCAAAGUUUCGUCUUUUCUCUGUUUUCUUCAUCUGUUCCGCCAUUAAUGCUCAAGAAAAGGACCUCGACACGCUUUUGAAGUUGAAAGCAGCCAUGGUCGGACGAGGGAGCACCGCUCUGGGGGAUUGGUCCGCCGCCGCCGCCCAUUGCUUCUUCUCCGGCGUUGAAUGCGACGGGGAUUCGCGAGUGGUCUCGCUGAAAAUCUCAAAUGUUCGGCUCUUCGGAACUCUCCCGCCUGAGAUCGGACUUUUGGAUAGGCUUGUCAACCUCACUCUCGUCUCCGACAACCUCACCGGCACACUUCCCUUGGAAUUAGCAAAGCUCUCUUCCCUCAGAUUCAUUAAUCUCUCCGCCAACAGCUUCUCCGGCGAGUUCCCCGGAGAAAUCUUGCUGGGCAUGGUGGAGCUCCGAGUUUUUGACGUUUAUAACAACGACUUCACCGGGAGUCUCCCGGCCGAGUUUGUUAAGCUUAAAAAGUUGGAAACUUUAAAACUUGGAGGCAAUUUCUUCACCGGAGAAAUACCGGAAGCUUACUCCGACAUUCAAAGCUUGAAAUGCUUAGGCUUGCAGGGAAAUUCACUCACAGGGGUGAUACCUCCGAGCCUGGCUAAGCUUCCGAACCUGGAAGAGCUCCGCCUCGGGUACUUCAAUUCAUACGAAGGCGGCAUCCCUCCGGAGCUUGGUUCGAUUGCCACCCUCCAGCUCUUGGAUCUCGGCGGGUGUAACCUCACCGGAGAAAUCCCGCCGGCUCUUGGGAAUUUGAAACAGCUUCAUACUCUGUUUUUGCAGAUGAACCAUCUGUCCGGUCACAUACCGGCGGAGCUGUCAGGCUUGGAGAAUUUGAUGUCCCUCGACCUUUCCGUGAACGAGCUCACCGGAGAAAUCCCGGAGGGUUUUUCUCGACUGAAGAACCUCACGCUGAUAAACCUGUUCAAGAACAAGUUUCACGGCGGCAUUCCACCUUUCAUUGGCGAGUUCCGGAACCUCCAAGUUUUGCAGGUCUGGGGAAACAACUUCACGUUCGAGUUGCCGGAGAAUCUUGGCCGGAACGCUCCCUUGAUGGUCCUGGACGUCACCGCGAACCGGUUCACCGGUCCAAUACCCAGAGACUUGUGUAGAGGAGGAAGUUUGAAGAUAUUGAUUUUAAUGCAGAAUUUCUUCUUCGGUUCCAUUCCAGAAGAGCUUGGAAGCUGCAAAUCCUUGACUAGGAUUCGUAUAAUGAAGAAUUUCCUCAACGGAACAGUGCCUCCCGGACUCUUCACCUUACCCAUUCUCGAUAUGCUCGAGCUCCGGGACAACUACCUUUCCGGUGAACUUCCGACGGAAUUUUCGGCCAAGAACCUCACCAGUGUCUCCCUCUCCAACAACUGGCUCACCGGGAAAAUCCCUCCCUCUCUAGGAAACCUAGAGAAACUGGUCACGCUAUCCCUGGAUUCCAACAGAUUCUCCGGCGAAAUUCCGGCCGAAAUCUCGGGAUUAAAGAAGCUGGUAACGUUGGAUUUUAGCGGAAACCGUCUCACGGGAGAAAUCCCAGCCUCUAUCAUCCAAUGCAAAGAGCUCUAUUCCAUCGAUUUCAGCGGAAACAAUCUAACGGGACAACUCCCAAAUCGAAUUUCCAUGCUAGGCAGCUUGAAUUCUCUAAAUCUGUCAAACAAUCAACUCGGAGGCGAAAUUCCGAGUGAACUCGGGAUGAUGACCAGCUUGACCGUAUUGGAUCUCUCCAAUAAUGACUUCUCCGGCCGAAGGCCCCUUGACGGUCAGUUAAAAUUCUUCGGCGACCAUGUCUUCGCUGGGAAUUCAAGACUUUGUUCUCCCCAUACCUCAGACUGCUCCUCAGCUUCAUCCCAAGAAUCCGGCAAGAACCACCACCGCGCGUCCAAGGUGGUCAUAACCAUGGCAAUCAUCCUGGCCGCCGGUGCGUCCCUGAUGGCUGCCACGUGGAUGGUGACUCAAAAGGGAAGGGCAAACAAGUCCAGAAGAACUUUCAAACUCACUGCAUUCCAGAGGCUGGACUUCAAGGCCAAGGAUGUCCAGGAUUGCCUGAAGGAGGAGAACAUAAUAGGGAAAGGAGGAGCCGGGAUUGUCUACAGAGGUUCCAUGCCGAAUGGGACAGAGAUCGCGAUCAAGAAGAUCGCCAGGCGUGGGGCCAGCCACCACGACCGAGGAUUCAAGGCAGAGGUCGAGACGCUUGGGAGAAUCAGGCAUCGCAACAUUGUCAGAUUGCUUGGGUAUGUCAAGAACAAGGACGCGAAUCUGCUUCUGUACGAGUUCAUGUCGAAUGGGAGCUUAGGGGAGAUGCUGCAUGGGGGGAAAGGUGGCCAUUUGCAGUGGGAGAUGAGGUACAGAAUCGCCGUGGAGGCCGCCAAGGGGCUCUCCUACUUGCACCACGAUUGCUCCCCUCCCAUCAUUCACCGCGACAUCAAGUCCAAUAACAUCCUCCUCGACGCUGAUUAUGAGGCCCACGUUGCUGAUUUUGGUCUGGCUAAGUUCUUGAAAGACGCCGAUGCCUCCUUAGAGUGCAUGUCGUCCGUUGCUGGGUCCUACGGUUACAUCGCACCAGAGUAUGCAUACACUUUGAAAGUGGACCAGAAGAGUGACGUGUACAGCUUUGGAGUUGUGUUGCUAGAGCUGAUAGUGGGGCGCAAGCCGGUGGGGGAGUUUGGGGACGGGGUUGACAUAGUCAGAUGGGUGAGGAUGACAGUUUCGGAGCUCUCUCAACCGUUGGAUUCAGCAGCUGCCGUGCUGGCCGUGGUUGACCCACGGCUCAAAGGCUACCCUUUGCAGGGAGUGGUCCAUCUGUUCAACAUAGCAAUGAUGUGCGUCGAGGAUGAGAGUCGAGCUAGGCCCCCCAUGCGCGAAGUUGUUCACAUGCUAACAAACAAUCUCCCACCUGAGAUGUAAAAAUAACAGAGUAGGCAUUCAACAAUAACAAGCAGUCUAGUCUACUGCUUAGAUAACUUCUUUUAACUGUGAAUUGGUAUGUAUGGCAAUUUUUUCUGCGUUGCUGGGUCAUUCAAUUGUAUAUUCGUUUAUAAAGUAAGUUGCGCUUAUUGGAUCUCGACCGUUCAAUUUUGAUUGGACAACUCGUAUGAAGAAGACAAGCAAGCAUGAGAUCCAAAACUAUGGUGAGGAGUACAUAUAAUGUCAUAUUAAGAGAAUACUGUCCCAAAAAGGGUUAUGCAAAUUGAUAAUGAGAAUAAAGAUUGGUAUUUUGG